AUGUCACGCGGAUCAAACAUUAAAGACCGUCAGAUACUCUCAGAUCCAACGGCCCACACCCUCUCACCCACCCACCGGGAGCUCCUCUCUCCUUGUCCCGUCCUCUCUCUCCCCCGCGGGCAAACCCUAGCGCUCCCCGAUCCAGACUCCUCCCCUCCCCCCGCCGCCACCCACCUCCACCACCCACCCCUCUCCUCGCCGCCACCCACCUCCCCUCCCCACCCCAGAUCCUCUCCCCACUCCCAGAUCCAACUUGCCACCGUAGAACGAGGAGAUCGCGACCAAGAUCUUCGGGACGCGGUUGUCGUCGUCGCGGACCGCUCCUCCGCUGACCCGCGCAAGUUCCCCGGUGCUAAGGUACCUCGAGGAGUUCGCGCGGCGGUUCGACCCCCUCGGGCUGGUCCGGUUCGGGACGGAGGUGGUGAGCGUCCACCGCAGCAGGGACGACGACGCGGGCUGGAGGGUGAGGCUCGCCUGCGCUGGCAGCGAGCUGGAGGAGGAAGUUUGACGCCGUGGUCGUCUGUAGUGGGCACUUCGCCGAGCCGUGUGUGGCCGCCAUCACAGGUUAGUGAGCAGCAUCAGGAGGACGAGCUUCCUCACUCCGCCCCGGAUCUGCGGCUGCCCCCCGCUGGCCAUGGACUCCGCCCUAGGGUUUCUGCCGCCGCCGCCGGAGAGGGGAGGAGUGUAGAAGGACCAGAGCGAGAUGGCCGGACGGCUCCUCGGGCAGCUCCUCGUCAUGGGCAGCGCCGUUGUCGGCAGGGCCGUGGUGCAGGCCUACCGCCAGACCAUCGUCAGUGAGUGCCCUUGCUGUCCAAAACUCGAUGGAAUUUUGCAGCUAUUCCUAGAACAUGUUGUAGUGUCCCUUGCUGUCAAAAACUCGGUGGUGGUGAUAGGAUUUGUUUUUGGCUUGAUGGGCAUAGUCUGCACUCUGGAAUGCUACACCAUUGAAGUGUAAAGGAAUUGUGCAAAAAAAAUUGUUGUCUUCCA